CUCCAGGCUACUGUUGGUAAUGGGGAGCCAUUGAAAAUGUUUUGUUUCUGUUUGUUUCUUCAGGGUUGAUGGUAACAUGGUGACAUUUAGAACAAUCACUCAGGCUGCCAACAUGGAGGAUGGAUUGGAGAGUGGAGGCAGGGAGACCCAUUAGGAGGCUGUUGCAUUAGUUCAGGCAAGAAGUGAUGAGGGCUGAACCAGGGCGAGAGCAGUGGAGACGGAGAAGAGGGGAAGGGAUAGGAUAUGUUACAGAGGCGUCAUCACCAGGCUGAUGGGAUGUAGGGUGUGAAGGAGUGCAUAGGGUAGAGAACAAUGCCCAGGUUUCUGGCUUCGUUUCCACCUGUAGACAGCCGUCCAGAUUCUGCCUCUCUACCCGGGCUUUUGUGAGGAUGAAGCGGUAUAACGACAGGGAAGUGCUUUAGAAAUGGCCAUGCUACAAACCCAUCACCACCUACACUAUCAUAGAAGCUCUCUGAUCACCCUAGUAAGUUCAGUGUAUGGAACGAGCCGUGAGAAUUAAGAUAAAUCACGAUAGUCACCCAGAUAUUGGGGAGCGCCGGGCCCCCAAGAUACCUCGGAUUUCCUACACCUGCCCAGAGCUGGGGGCCCGGCGAAUAGGGACUCCGCCCCUGGGCGGGGCAUGGGUGGGCCCUGGUCGCGGUGGUGGCCCAGCCCAGCUGCAGCCCGAGCCUCAGCCCGAAGUCGCUGCGGUGGGGACCAGACCCGCCCCGCACCGCCCUGCUCCGCGAACCCACUGCGCCUCUUGCCGCCCGCCGCCAGGUCCAGCGGUUCCGCGGCGCUGCCAGGGAGCGAGCCGCUCGUCCUCACCCGGAGUCCCAGAUGGCUUCAGUGACUGAUGGUAAAGCCAGAGUCAAAGAUGCUUCUGACCAGAAUUUUGACUACAUGUUCAAACUGCUCAUCAUCGGCAACAGCAGUGUUGGCAAAACAUCCUUCCUCUUCCGCUAUGCUGACGACACCUUCACCCCAGCCUUCGUCAGCACCGUGGGUAUUGACUUUAAGGUGAAGACAGUCUACUGCCACGAGAAGCGAGUGAAGCUGCAGAUUUGGGACACGGCUGGACAGGAGCGGUACCGGACCAUCACCACAGCCUAUUACCGUGGAGCCAUGGGCUUCAUCCUGAUGUAUGACGUCACCAAUGAGGAAUCCUUCAAUGCUGUCCAAGACUGGGCUACUCAGAUCAAGACCUACUCCUGGGACAAUGCACAGGUCAUCCUGGUGGGGAACAAGUGUGACAUGGAGGAAGAGAGGGUUGUUCCCACCGAGAAGGGCCGGCUCCUCGCAGAGCAGCUGGGGUUUGACUUCUUUGAAGCCAGCGCCAAGGAGAACAUCAGCGUGAGGCAGGCCUUCGAGUGUCUGGUGGAUGCCAUUUGCGACAAGAUGUCUGAUACGCUGGACACAGACCCCUCCUUGCUGGGCACCUCCAAGAACACCCGUCUCUCGGACACCCCGCCACUGCUGCAGCAGAGCUGCUCAUGCUAGGCAAGGCCCAGUGUCCUGAUCUCCCUUCAUUGUGGCACCGCACCCACUUUGCUUCUCCGUUAUACUCUGUCUUCCUUCAGCUGAUUUGCUGCUGUUCCUUGCCUGCAGUGAAAGUGGAAGCAUGCCCCUGGGGUUCUCUAUGGAUGGCCCCACUCACAGACACUCAGCACUAGACUAACUAGGUCAUAAUGUGGGCAGAGGUUCAUUUUACAAAAGGAGAAUCCACUUUAUGAAGGGGAUUCACUACAGGGACUUGGAAAAGCGAGUCUCUUUCCUGCCUUUAAAAUAAGAUUUCCUCCCUUGACCAAAAUUUGACACACCCACGCACACUUUUCAGGGCCUGGCCAACUGUGUAAAGUGAGACACACCUGCAUAGCUAAUCCUUUUGAAAAAGACCUCUCCAUACACAACCUGCUUGUUUCAUAUCAGGCUCCCUGUGGGGCUUCCUCUCACCACUAGACAAGCCUUGUUUCUCAAAGCCCUCGCCUGUUACCGCGGAUGCCCACAGGGCCUGGGCAGUUGCUGUGGUGACAGGCCAGAGCUAAUCUCCGGAGAGCUCUGCCUCUCUAAAUGAUGCUGAAGGAGCAAAGGCUGAGUCAGAAACACACUUAAAAGAAAAAGAUUAUCCCCUGCAAAAUGUCAAAGGUUCCUGCUAUAUGAAAGAGCAAGUGCAUGAGCUCAAGAAAGACAAAGAGAGAAAAAGAGAAACACAGGCAAGAUAAACAGGUCACGAAUUUCUGAUUUUGCUGCUUUCCAGUAGGUUCUUAACUGUGGAACUCCAUGACAUUGGUCAUUGGUUCUUAGACUCCCAGAAUCUGAAAAAUUUAUAGUUGGUGGAAUCCCAAAUUUUACCAGGUCUCACUAGUCAAUUCCAAUCUUCAUGUCUCUGACAAUUGGCUGUCAAGCCUCACAGCCAAAUCUCUUCUAAAGCAUACCUUCUAGGCAGGGAUGGGAGCUCAGUUUCCACACCAUCUUUGGCCAUCUCUCAUAAUCAGAAAGUUUUCCUUGCUUUAAGCUGAAAUCUGCCUCCUGGAAAUUCUUCUUCCUCUUCCCACUCCAUUUGUACCAGCUCUGCUGUCAGAGACUUCACAGUCUCUGCUCCCUCUGCCCCGUGACACCCUUAGAUGAUUUGAGAACAGAAAUCAUGACCCCUGGAAUCUGCCCUUUCUCUAAAUCAAAUAGUUCUAAUCCCAUCUGCCCUUCUUCUUAGGGUCUUCUCCCCAUCCUGCCCUUUCCUCCAGCCCAUGUUUCAAUCACUCUUGAGUAGUCCAACUGGGAAAUGUGAUUCAAAGCAGAAUAAAUCUAAGGGGGUAUGACCCUGAAAAAAUUGGGAAAAGUGAACUCAGAGGUCCCAAUCCUAACCUCAUUCUCCUGAGGGUGAAAGCUUAGUUUCUACCGAAGAGCAGAUGUGAAACUCCUUCUGGUGGAAGCCACUUAAUUAAACACCCAAAGAAAACAAAAAACAAAAAACACGCCUCUGACACCAGCAACAAACUGACUGCAUCAGUUCAUGGUUCUAGCUUGUUUGGACACAGGCACAUGUUUGGUUUUUAACUGAAAUAAUGAUGUGGAGCUAGCAACGAUUCCUGAAAAUCUUUCCUCCCAGCCUUGGCCUGAAUCCCCAGCUUGACACUUCAGAAGUCAGUGGGGGAGGAGGGAGCGUCUCUCCCAAGUUUUCUCUCCAUUUUAAAUGCAGCUUAUUUUCCUAGGAAAGUGCAUUAACUAGCAACAGGUCCAAUGACUACAUAAAAGGACCCUUCAGGGUCAGCUCUGUGGAGAUGUUGCCUUCUUUGACACAGUGCAGAGGAUGGCGCUUUGGACUUGGAAUCAGGAGACUCAGACUCUGCCCUUAAAUCAAGUGUGACUCUGGACCAGUUAUUCCCCAUCACUGAGUCUUGAUUUCCCACUUAUAAAAUGAGGGAGGUGGGCUUCCCUGGUGGCGCAGUGGUUGAGAGUCUGCCUGCCAAUGCAGGGGAUGUGGGUUCGUGCCCUGGUCCGGGAGGAUCCCACAUCCCAUGGAGCGGCUGGGCCCGUGAGCCAUGGCCGCUGAGCCUGCGCGUCUGGAGCCUGUGCUCCGCAAUGGGAGAGGCCACAACAGUGAGAGGCCCGCGUACCGCAAAAAAAAAAAAAAAAAAAAAAUGAGGGCGGUUACGUGGGUAAUCUUUCGGGUCCCUUCUGGCAUGAAUAACUCUGAGACUCUUUUUUUUCACCUUCAACAUUUCUGUUGAUCUGCAAAAUAAACCCAAGAGAUGAGGACUAUCACCCCAAUAUCACUGAGGCUAAUACUGUUGUCAUGCUUACUCAAUACUAGCCAUUUGCUCCAAGCACUUAACAUGUAUUAACUCAUUUAUCUUUCCAACAUCCUUGUGAGGGAGGCACUAUAAUCAAUCUCAUUUAAAGACAAGGAAAUUAAGGAACAAAGAGGUUCUCUAGCUUGCCUAAGGUCACAUAAUGAGUAAGUGGUAGAGCUGGGGUUCAAAGCCAGAAAGUAGGCUCCAAGGUCUGUGCUUUUCACCACAUUCUGUACUACGUUUCUUAUAGUACAGUGAUCCAAAGAAGUUAAGAGACUUGGCCAAGAUCACACAACUAGCAAGUGUUAGAGCCACAGUAGAAUUCAAUCCCAAGGCCAUCAGAUUCCAAGUCUACUGGAGAAAAGACUUAUGUCUCCAAUCUGUUAAUAAAUUUUUCAGCUACUCAGGCUAA